AUGCGGGGCUCGAAACCGAAUCGCACAAUUAUCUCGAGUGCAUCCCGUAACGGCUAUCACAGUACAUCCGGUGCUCGACCUCAGUUUCGACACCCCCCUUUGAAUACCGCCCGAGGCCAGAUCAGGACAGCCAAGACGUUCACCAGGCCACCGAAUCGAUUCGAGAAGAUGGUGAUCGAUGCUCGAGUACAACAUCCCAUCUUAUUUCCUUUUCUAUUGAUCGGAUGCUUCGGUUCAGUCUCAAUGCUGAUUGUCAUGGCAUAUAAUGAAUACAAGAAGGACAAGGCCCACACAACGAAUUAUCCUAUGCAAGUUGAAGAGAGACUACGGUUAGCCUUGCACUAUACACAUGUACAGCCCGACCCGGAGACGUCGGCGAAGUAUUUCAUGCAGGCGAUUCAAAAAGCGGAAGAAGCUGGGAUGGACCCGUUCAAGCCUGAUGCAUUGGGCAUCCGGAUACGCUUCUCGCAGAUGAUGGAGAACUUCGGCCACGUCAAGGCUGCUAUCGAGAUCCUGGAUGGCGUCACGAAGGACAUAGAACACAAGCUGACAGAGAUUGCUGAUGAGCCGGUAAUUCAAACGACCGCCGCGACCGACCCCGAUGCUGUCACUCGAAAGACCUUGCUUAGGGCUGCCAUACAGACAAAAGUCAAGGUAGCGUCAUUAUACGAGAGUGAUUACAUGCAGGACCGAACCAAGGCCAAGCAAAUCCUGUCUGAUGCCAUUGGGUUGGUUGUCAAGGAAGCCAGAGACCCUCAAUUGAAUGGCUUUACUGACGACAAUGGCGCAGGCCUGACGACAGGCGAGAUUGCAGCAAUGCUGUCUCAAAUGGGUGACUUAUAUGCCACCACAGGCGAAGAAGCGAAUGCUCUACAGGUUUAUAUGCUCACGUUACAACCACUACGAGCAUCAUGCAAUGGCAGUCGAUCCUGCAAAGAGGUCCAGGUUCUCAGUAAUAUUGCUUCGACCAUGGAUCUGGCGUUGAAGAAGCCGGACGCCAAAAUUAAUGGACGACCCGCCACGAAACAGUCACUGGCCGCCGCAAGAAAAGCAGCACUGAAAUGGGCCGAUCAAGCUAUUGAAACGGCUGAUGUGGUUCAACCUGAGGAGCGAGACGACAUUUGCGAGUUGGCGCUGCUUUCGGCGCAAAUGACCCGUGCUGAUUUACUCUUGGAGAAUGGCGACAAGAUUGGAUCCCAAAAGGCGUUUUCGAGUCUGCUGCCUACCUUGAGGGAGAAGAAUCUUGCCCCUUUGAUCGAGGUCGCAGAACAAGGAUUGAAGAAAGCGAGCGGCUGA